AAUCACGAGCGGUCGGCCAGGUCGGCUGAGCAUCCGAAAACAUACCGCUGCCGGUGCGGUGGGUGCCGUCUACGCCGGGGUUACAUUCGAGCAUGACGCGGGAGCUAUGAGUUCCACGUCUGCGUCGACGUUAAAAUUUUCAAUAUUGUGGACCAUUCAUUGAGCACAACUGCGGGAUAUCACGCAUUCAACCUCUGAUCAAGCAUGAGCUCUGCGAGGAGAGAGCCGGUGAAUAUUGAAUUCUCGGAGUCUACAGAGUUUGAACGAUGGCAGCCUCAUCAAAAGGAAAUCAACCAGGUGGACCUACCGGCAUCUUUAGUGAUUGAAGAUGACCUUCACUCCCUCACUGAUACCCCAGCUUCCAAUCUACACUGUGAUAAUUUAAGUAGUACAGUUCAUGAGUCGGUGAAGGCAGCACCAGCUGAGGCAGCAGUAGGAAAUGAAGAUAAUACAAUGCCCAGUACAGUUUCCUACACCUACACCAGCACAGAUCCAAAGUCUAGUGAUGGCUUGGAACUUGAGAGCUUCUCUUUAGAAGGAAGCAUAAGCAAUGACCCUAUGGCAAAUGACAUGGCUAAGACGUCAGGCCAAGGUCCACAGGCUAUGGAGCCAUCUUAUCCUUGUCCUGUAUUUCCCAAUGUUCCUGACUUGCAGGCGGACAUAUCUCGAGCGAUAGUUGCUAGUCAGUCAAAUAGAUACAGGUCAAGUACAAAUCCCCAAAAUGCAAAUCUAGGUGUAUACCAGGAUGAUAGAAAGCACUGUGUUCGGCACUCUCAGCUUGCAUCUGAUGAUUUUAAUGACUAUUACAUAAAAAUGCUGAGUGCUCAAAGGAAGCAGCCUUUGCAUUUGCGAGAGCCACCGCUCUGUAAUUCCUGCUCACAGUCAAUGAUUAAAUAUGUCUCUGCCAUCCAGACACUUAUACAGCAACUCAGCAUAGACAUUAUUGUGAAGGGAAAAGACCCUCCAGACUGUAGCUGGUGUGCACGGGAGAAGCUUGCAUCAUUUCAGAACACCUGGGCCCCAAAUUCAUUCGGAAGUGGCUCUACAAAGGCUGCCGAUAGACUGGACCAUAAGGAUGCUAAGCAUCCUACUUCAGGCUUGCAAAAUGAACAGGCACAUGCUGCUUCACCAGGAGUUCAAGCAUCGCAGGGGCCUGCAUCCUCUUGCCCAAUGCCUGUAGCAUGCCCUGCUUCAACUCGAGACUCGAACAAGGGGAACAUUGAAUUCUUGCAUUCGGCCCAAGGUGUGCAGAACUUUCCAGACAGUGGAGUGUUCCAUAGCGAAGGCACUGUUUCAUUUCAUUGCCAGCCUCUGAAUUUGCCUGCUGGUCAGGUACCAGACAUGGCUGCACCCAUUAGCAGUCUUGCUGUAAAGCCACUGAAUGAUGUCUUUUUUUCAACUGGUGUGGAGCAGCAGAACCUGCCUAAACAAGAUGAGCUGAACCUUUGUGCUCCUGAGCUCACGGAAAUGCAACGUGUCACUUCUCCAAAAAUGAGCUUGCCACCUGCAGAUACGGAAUAUAAUGGAGUGGUUGUUCAACCUUCAAAAACUCGUGAAGUCAUAUUAAAUCCCCAUUACACUGAAAGUGGAGACCUCCAGAACUCAGUCAAGCGACCAUCGGAGCUCCAGCUUCAUAACCUUGGGUCAAACUUCCAAGAAAAUCUGGCAGGCAAUGGGUUAUCUCUUGCAGAACAUGGUGGACCCAGACGAAAGCAGUCUCUCAGUUCAGAUUGGAUGACUGACCUGAUUCAGCCGCUUAUCCCAGAACCAGCAGUGCCAAGCGUACGAGAUCAAGCUUAUGUUACCAUGGCAAACAGCGACCUCAGUGCUAUGCUAUGCCUUGUUCUGGGAAAUUCGCUGUGGCUCUCCAGAACCUCUCGGUCUCUUGUCGUCUUGGUGACUGAUGGCGUGUCUCAUGCAUUCAGGCACCUGCUGUCAUGUGUCUUCAAUGUGGUGCUCUCGGUCCGUUCUCUUGGGACGCAAGGUACUACUAAACUUGCCCUUUUGGAACAGCCAGACAUUGGUGUCUCGUACACCAAACUCCAUGCCUGGCGGCUGACACAGUUCUCAAAGUGCAUUUUCUUGGAUGCUGGCAUGCUGGUUGUUCAAAACUGUGAUGAACUGUUUGAACGUGAUGAGCUUUCGGCAGUACCUGAUAUUGGCUGGCCAGACUGCUUCAAUAGUGGGCUGUUUGUGUAUGUGCCAUCUAUGCAAACUUUCUGGGACCUCAUCAGCUUUGCUGAACGCCAAGGCAGCUUUGAUGGAGGUGAUCAAGGCUUGUUAAAUACUUAUUUUCGUAAUUGGUCUUCUGACAUAAACCGCAGGUUGCCAUUUAUUUACAAUCUGAUGGCAAAUGUCUCCUAUACCUACAAGCCUGCAUUUAAGCAGUUUGGCCAUAAUGUCAAAGUGGUGCAGUUUCUUGGUGGAUACAAGCCAUGGAAUGUUAAAUUUCAUCCUCCCACGGGCACUUUGUCACCAGCUGCCAAUGUGCACCCAACAUAUGUCCAGUUUGUUCAGUUCUGGGUGCAGAUAUUUGUCAAGAGGGUCCUUCCGCUCUUUUCUUCGACCAUACAGACAAAGGUCAACGAGCAGCGCUACACGUGUGCUCUGGACAUCCUGCAGCACUUCCCAUCAUUCCUGGUGGCCGAGCCAAUGGUGUACCUUCCAGCACCAUCUCUUCGUACGCAUCCCAAGCCCAUCCUCUACCUCCCUCCAGGACCACGCAUUGCUCCCGAAUUGCCAGCUCCCGACACAUAUCCUCUGGACACAACAGCUGCAGGCACAGAGUCUGGAGUUUCUGAAGUUGCAGCAGUGCCAGAAGAUGGUGUUGAAUGCGAUACAAAUAGUGCUUCCAUUCCAGUUGCACUCAGUGAGCACACAGUACCCACAGAGAAGGACCCGCCAAAGCAUUUUCCUGUAGAAGUGGAUGACAACUGCAACUACCUGCCUGAAGCCAGUGUGGAGUCCACAGCUGUUGACGACUUGUCAGGGAUGCUAGCAUGGGAGCAAGGGCGGGCAGAUUACAUGGGCGAGCACUGCUCAGACAACAUCAUGGCAAAAUUGGAUGAACUCAUCGGCCCUGGUGUCCAGGCCAAGUAAAAUGUAUGAAAUAGAGGCUGGUCUGCAGGCUACAUUUCGUUGCUGUACUUUUGAUGAUCAUUCAACACUUGCAGUCAUAUUUAACGUUUAGUAAAUUGCUCCUUUUGCCUGUGGCUUACAUUGUUUCCCCUUAAAGUGCAAACAUGUAAAUUGAAAGCAUUCGAGCCCACUUCUGCCUGCAAUUACUGUAGUACAGUCAGACCUUGUUAUAAUGAAAUGGGAUGUAAAGAAAUGAUUGAUAUAACAAAGUGAAAUUCCCCUUGAUAUCCCCGUCGAAAUCCAUGUAUUUAAAAUCUUGUUUAACGAAGUGAAAUUGUCCUGCAAAUGGAUACAACGAACUAGAUUAUUCUCUGAAACUAAAAAAUACCCGACUAUCACGUGCCGCAUACGCUGCUUUCUGUGGCAGUUCAAAACUGCCGCGUCGAAUGCGUUGUUGAGCAACACUGCUUUCUCACUGCCAUGCGUAGCUGCGCACAAGCAGCGGCGACUAUUGCACUUCUCACCUGACCUCUCGCCUAGCCUUGCGAGCCACAGCACACUGCACGUGCUGUGGUGCAAAAGAUAAGUACAUUCACUGCUGCACACCACACAAGCAGGUGCAGCUAGGCGUGGCCUCCGAGACCUCUCCGGCGCAAUCUCGGGAGCAUGGAGAAUUCUUGCUCCACGAUCGGGGUUCACACCCAGGCCAUGCAUUGACAUCUCCUUCUUCCUGUGGCGUGCCGUGUGAGCUGGCAGCUGGGCCAUAGCCCGAGAGAUCGCAUUGGCAUCGGUGCAAUCUCGGAGGCCACAAGCUAGCCAAGCCGGCGCGGCGAAGUUCGCUUGCCACCUCGAUCACACAGUGCAGCGCUGUGUUGUGUGCCACGUGCUGCUCGACUGCGAAGAGCCAAAUGGAAGUUGGUUUUGCAUCAAGGUCAUAGCAGCACGAACUAAAACACACACACAGGGACAAGCGCUUGUCUCCGUGUAUAUGUUUUAGUUCAUGCUGCUGUGACCUUGACCUAAAGGCUGUUGCGUCAGGUGCUAGGUCGCGUGUUGCACACGCCGAAGAUUCUUUCGUUGUUUCAUUCAAAUUUCAUCGCAUUAGUGGCUGUGUAGUGGUUCCGUGAGCCGCAAAGCCGUCUUCUUACUUCCAUGUUUACAAUUGUGCAUCCUGUUGAGCAUAUAUUGCAGUAAAUAACAAUGGAUGUAAUGAAGAAUGGAUGUAGCGAAGUAAUUGCUACUCCCUUUCAACUUCGUUAUAACGAGGUUCGAGUGUACAUCAUGAUUGAGAUGUACGUAAAACGUUCUGUUCAAAUAAAGUGAUUGUGCUCUAAAAUGCAUGCUGAAAUUCUUAGACACAAUCUUCAUAGUAUGUCCAAAAAAAAAAAAAAAUGUGCAGGAGCUUAUUGAGUAAGGUUAAAACCUCUAAAACUUCUGGAUGGCCGACGUUGUGAAAAUCAAGCACCUAGUGCAUGAAUGGUAUACAAUGGCUGUGGGCAAAUAGCAUGUUCACUCCACACUCACAAUUUUAUGUGCAUAGGGAAGCAUUUUAUACAGCUGCUCACUUGAUAUGCUUUUGCAGUAUGUUGCUCACUGCCAAUCUUUGUUCACUGUCUGGCACAGUUCCUCCUAGCCUGUUCGUUAUUUUUUGACUUCUUAAGUUACACCUAGUUUUAAUUUUUUUAUGGGCUAAAGCAGUUAUCAACAAUAGGGUCUAGUGUUACUGUGCAAGACAUUUUGUGGCUGCCUUCCGUGGUAGUGGGUUUCGAGUACUACAUUUCUGCUGUUCUUGUGGACAGUUAGCACAGUGUAUGCUUAGUGCAAGCGAUAGUCUCUCUGCUGAUACCUAUCCGAAAUAGAACUAAAUUGUUACAUUUUUUUGUGUGCAGAAAAGAUGAUGUUUUUACUCUUCAUGUUGUCCAAUAAAGUGUUCAGCCACA